CACAUCUGUCGGCCGGUCGAUCUCUGAGCCUUUUACCAGCAGAGCGGUCCACGCAGAACAACCUUCGUGCAGCUGGUUUGUUUGCGUUGUUCUCAGAGUCACUGAGCUCCCGUUCAGAGCAGCAGGGUCGACGUGCCCCUUGGUACACGUGUUGCAAAGUGUUCGCGUUCCAAAGUGCAAGGUUCCUUUCAGCCCCAUCCCGAUCUCCACAGUCGACCAAUCACACAUGAGCACAGAUCAUAUGUGAUCCCUGUCUCCCGGUGGUACACUACAGUGAUCUAGUUGGUGUACAGAUCCUGAACUGAGCACAAUGUCGGGUCUGAUGCUGGCUGUGAUUCGGAGGCAUGGCGGUCGUGGCGUGGGCCUGGGGGCGCGGUCGCUGGCCUCCGUCCCCUCGCUGCCCCCUGCGGUGGCGCAGUUCGUGAGGGAGGCGGUGGAGGAGUGCAAGCCGGCCCGGGUGCACGUGGUGACGGGCACGCCCGAGGAGGCGGCCGGCAUCCUGGCCGGCCUGGAGAAGGAGGGCAUGAUGAAGAAGCUUCCUAAAUACGACAACUGCUGGCUGGCGCGGACGGACCCCAAAGACGUGGCGCGCGUGGAGAGCAAGACGGUGAUCGUGACGGAGAGGCAGAGGGACACGGUGCCCAUCCCCAGCGGGGGGGCCAAGAGCCAGCUGGGCAGCUGGAUGAGCGCCGCUGACUGGCAGACUGCCCGCCAGGAGCGCUUCCCCGGCUGCAUGGCAGGUCGUACCAUGUACGUCAUCCCCUUCAGCAUGGGCCCUGUGGGCUCCACGCUGUCCAAGUACGGAGUCCAGGUGACGGACUCCCCCUACGUGGUGGCCAGCAUGGGCAUCAUGACGCGCAUGGGCAGCCCUGUCAUGCAGAAGCUGGCCGAGGGAGAGGAGUUUGUCCGCUGCCAACACUCACUGGGACAGCCCCUACCCCUCAAAGCCCCGCUGGUGAACUCCUGGCCUUGUAACCCUGAGAAGGUGCUGAUCUCCCACCUGCCCGACACCCGGCAGAUCCUGUCCUUUGGCAGCGGCUACGGCGGCAACUCCCUGCUGGGCAAGAAGUGCUUCGCCCUGCGCAUCGCCUCACGCAUCGCCAAGGACGAGGGCUGGCUGGCGGAGCACAUGCUGAUCCUGGGCCUCACCAGCCCCCAGGGCGUGAAGCGCUACGUGGCCGCCGCCUUCCCCAGCGCCUGCGGGAAGACCAACCUGGCCAUGAUGAAGCCGUCCCUGCCCGGGUGGAAGGUGGAGUGCGUGGGCGACGACAUCGCCUGGAUGAAGUUCGACAGCCAGGGAAAGCUGAGGGCCAUCAACCCAGAGAACGGUUUCUUCGGAGUGGCCCCGGGAACCUCGAACAAAACCAACCCCCACGCCAUGUCCACCAUCGCCAAAAACACGGUCUUCACCAACGUCGGCGAGACCAGCGACGGGGGGGUGUGGUGGGAGGGCUUGGCCCCACCCCCCGCCGGAGUCUCCCUCACCGACUGGCACGGAAAGUCCUGGAAGCAAGGAGGCUCCACCCUGUGUGCCCAUCCCAACUCGCGGUUCUGCACCCCUGCCUCCCAGUGCCCCAUCAUCGACCCCCAGUGGGAGAGCGAGGAGGGCGUGCCCAUUGAUGCCAUCAUCUUUGGGGGACGGAGACCAGAGGGCGUGCCUCUGGUGUACGAGGCCUUCAACUGGCGCCACGGCGUCUUCGUGGGUGCCGCCAUGCGCUCGGAAUCCACCGCCGCCGCCGAGCACCAAGGCAAGGCGAUCAUGCACGACCCCUUCGCCAUGCGGCCGUUCUUCGGCUACAACUUCGGCGACUACCUGUCCCACUGGCUGAGCAUGGAGACCCGCCGCGCCCCCACCCAGCUGCCCAAGAUCUUCCACGUCAACUGGUUCCGCAAGGACCCCGCCACGGGCUCCUUCCUCUGGCCCGGCUUCGGGGAGAACGCCCGCGUGCUGGAGUGGAUCUUCCGGCGCUGCGGCCGCGAGCGCGACGACGAGGCCGCCCGCAAGAGCGCGGUGGGCUGGCUGCCAGAGCAGGACGCCAUCGACCGCAGCGGCCUGGGCGGCCAGGUGGACAUGGACGCCCUGUUCCACCUGCCCAAGCCCUUCUGGCAGAAGGAAGCCCAGGAGCUCAGGGCCUACUUCUCCCAGCAGGUGGGGGCGGACCUGCCCGCGCAGGUGGGGGCGGAGCUUCAGGCCCUUGAGGAGCGCGUGCGGGAUUAGAACCCGGGGGGAGGGGCAUCGCAUCGCUGCCCUGGCUGGAUGGAGGGUUAGCUUAGCUUGGUAGCGGGGUGGGGGUGGAGCUAUGUAUAUGGUAGGCUCCGUCACGGUAACAUAAAUUGGUUUUAUCUUUUAAGGGGGUCUGGCUUUGUUUGGGAGUCUGAGUUUGUUUCCAUCAUUCUGUGAUAAUCUCACUUGACGGCUCGAACCCUUAAGGUCACUGACACUCGUCUCCUGGCCGACCUGGGGUCCCACCUGGGGUCCGAGGGGACCUGAAGCAUCAUGGCGGUUUGUUCUAGACCUGCUGUCAGCGAUCCUCAUGUUUACAAGCUAUCGGCCAAAGAUUUUAUUGGAACAGUAAACACACACACACACACACACACACACACACACACACACACACACACACACACACACACACACACACACACACACACACACACACA